AAAAAUGUUUAUAACAAGAGUUAAACUCAAAACCAACAAGUCUUAUUAUCUAAGUAGUCGAAUUUAAUUAGCAAAUUAAAUAAGUUCAAACUAGCAAUCCGGGCAUCGCCCGAGUCAUACAUUAGUUACAAUAUUACAAAAAUCAAUAAUACGGAGUAAGAAAAGAAGAACUGAUAAUCAACAUAAAGUGAAUACGUGGCAGCUUAGGGUGAAAUGUCCCCUCUAAACCCUCACCCCGGACUUCAAUUUAACGGUUAAAACAAAAUUAAAAAAAAAAAAAUAACACAAAACAAAUUAAAAAAACCCUCUUUGUUCCGAAAAUAAGUGGGCAUCCGACGAUUUUCUCUCUCAUCUCACCUCACUAACUCAGUCAGUCUCUAGUCCCUUAUCUCUCACUCCUUUUCCGAUUCACCGCCGCCAUGAACUCCGGCGGGACGGCCACCUCUGCCGCCGCCGCCGUAAAGUCUGUGUUAGACAAACCUCUUCACGAACUCACUGAAGACGACAUUUCUCAGCUUACUCGUGAAGAUUGCCGUCGUUUUCUCAAAGAAAAAGGUAUGCGGCGACCUUCAUGGAACAAAUCACAGGCGAUUCAACAAGUUAUCUCACUUAAAUCUUUGCUUGAGCCUUCUCCUCCUCCUAAUGCUGCUGCUCUUAAAUCCGCCCUUGUUCGUCCUCCGGUACAUCCUACUAAUACUGUGAACUCUAAUUCGUCUAGCUCCAUUAAAGAAUUAAGUCCAGCUGAUGUUGAUGGAUCGGUGUCUGCGUUGGGAGAGGAUGGAGGUCCUAAUCAGCCGGCUGGUACCUCUAGUUCAGAACCCACAAGAGACCCGGAAUGUCGUCCCACCGCCAUUGACUCCAAAGCUGUACCUGUCAGAGGUACAGAUGCAUCUCAUCUGCCAUUUGAUCAAAUGACAAUCUUUUAUAGUGGCAGAGUCAAUGUUUAUGAUGGAGUUCCGAUUGACAAGCUGGUUCAGCAGGCACAGGCGAUAAUGCAUCUAGCUGCAAGCCCUAUCCAGUUUUCUCAGGAUGAACCAAAUAAUGGAAACCCGACACAGUGGAGUGGUCCAUGCCAGGUGCCCACUUCAAGUGUUAAAUUCAGUUUGUCUACUCAAGAUGAAGCUGCUGCGCAGUCCAUGUUGCAAGGUAAAAUGAUGGAAUCUAUUCAACAUUGUAAAUCAGAUGGAAGCCUUUUUUAUGAACAAGAUGUUGAAGGUCAGACAAAUAGACAGGUCUCAUUGCAGAGGUACUUUGAGAAGAGAAAAGAUAGGGGGAAAUUCAAGAUGAAAAGGAAGGUAGAAUCUUCUCCUUCUGGCUUGGAGAUGUACCUGAACCAUCAGAUGAGGACGUCAGUCAUCAACGGACAAACAACUCGAAACAACACUAGCCCUAGAAGCCAACUUGGGAUACCCUGUUCAAGUUAUGGCUUGGCGGAUAAAUAUCAGAAGAAUCAUGGUCUGUCUGUUGAUCUAAAUGACAAAGGGUAGCAUGUGGUGAAGUCCAAGAUGUUGCUAGGGGUAGCUAAGGAAGUGGUGAGUGAGCAAAUAGAGAUUUUGUCUGAUCAUACAUGUGAAGAAGUACAUUACAAUUAGACAGCCCGAAUGAGCGGAAGUUGGAAGAACAAAUGCAAUCCCGGGCCCAAUGGUUGCUUAGUAAUUUAGUAUUCGAAUAUGUAGGUAUAGAGUGGUGUAGCUUGAUGGUGUGGGUGCAAUCCUUUAGAGGUGACAUUGUAUGGUGCUCUUGAAAGAUGGGUGAGCCCUAGUUGAUGGACAAACAUGCUAGUAAUGGAGUAGAGUAUACCAAUUGACCUGUAAGCAUGAAUUGCAAACAUGUUGGUCUACUUGGUGUGUGGCUCAAACACAAUGGAGUAUAGCUAAAUUUGAUGUGGAAAGAAGUUCCCUGGUGUGGUUUUACUAAUGGGUUUGUGGUUGUACUAGUUGGUUCUCGAGUUACAAGCUGUGGACAAUGCGAGGGUGUACGAAUAUGGAACACACAUGUAAGGAGGAGAUUGUUGGAUUUUCCCAUGUGUGUGAAGAAUCGUUCCUCAUCGGAAAAGUGGUAGAAAGGUGACUAGUUUAUAAGAUUCGUGCUCUACUCCUGUAGCCGUAUGGUGUUGCGAGAGAACCUCUUUUUUCUUGUAAGUGAAUCACCACUCCUCUUGUAGUAGGGAACAAUAAUUGUCAUGAAAAACAGAAGUAAUUGAUGAUGAUCAGGGUCAUUGCAGUUGAGUAAUGGUUUAGUGGCUUGCCUAGACCAACAGGAUCAAGUAGCUGGUCUUGUUCUUUAAUCAUGUUCUUGUUCAUGUUUGGACAGUUUGAUUCAUCAUGUUCAUAUAUAUAAUAAAAGACGAAUAAGUUUCAGCCAGGAUGGAACAUGAUACCUGAGACACAGGUUAUAAAACAUAUGAUCUUUUUGACUUUUUGGAUACAAGUACUCUGUACUUCUUUAGUCUUUGGGGUUUCUAAAGGAUUUGAUGUGCUCCAUGCUGACCACUCUAAAUGAACUGGAAGUUUCAGCUUUAUCAAAGAGUUUUUUAAGAUUUCCCUUCAAUUUCUUCCCAUUAUAUUGUUCUUUGUACCAAAAUAUAGAGAUGAAGCUUUUGGAAAACAAUUCCUAUGAGAAACAGAAGAAAUGGAUGAGUAUCAGAAUUAUUGCAGUUGGGUACUGGCUUGCUUAGACCAGCAGGAUCAAGGAGUUGGUCUACCAAUUUUUGGUCUCCGUUUCAUCUCAUGUACAGCAUUUGGUACUUGGACGUGAUACUUUAAUACUCUGAAUGGUAGUGCUAGAGCCCUUGACACAUUUCCUAGUUGGCCCCAAUAACAGAAACCAAGUAAACAUACUCUUACCAUGAACCUUGAUUUUGAUUUUACAUCAAAAUAUAUUUUCUUUUGUUCAUACAUAAGGCCAACUUAUUAACUUAGUGCAGGAAUGGCUGAACCUGUACCUGAUAGAAUUCAUGCACUUUAAACCUCUUUGCGUGUUCCUGCUGGCUUUUACUGAGGAUGGAUUAUAAAAUAUCUGGGAAAGGAAAGAGUGUGCAAUGUGAGCAGAAAUUGAGCACUCAAACAGUGAUUGAGGAGGUGCUGAAGUUAUUAAGACUUGGAAUUGGAGUAUGCCCUACUUAGGACAUUACUAAAAUUUUAAAGAGUUUCAUAAGUCAUAUUAUCUUCAGAUGUAAUUUAGAUCUUCACUUGUUGCAACUUCAACAGCUUCCGA